CUGAUCCCACCCACUGGCUCGCUGCUCCCUGCCUCUCCGUAUAAACACAGCCGGCACUAGCUCAGUCUGCCCGGAGCUGAUGCUUGCUGUUUCCUCUCGGGAUGGCUGUCCUUUUCACAGAGAGGCUGGGGGCGAUCCGGGCCGCUCUGUCCGACCAGACCUGGAUCCUUCUCCUCACUUUCCUGCUGCUGCUGGCCCGGUACAGUGUUCUACCAUAUGGGCUAUUUAGGCGACUUGGAGUUCCAGGCCCAAUGCCGCUGCCAUUCCUUGGAACAUUUUUACAUUAUAGAAAGGGUAUGUUUGGAUUUGACAUGGAAUGCUACAAGAAAUAUGGAAAGAUGUGGGGCAUCUAUGAUGGACGCCGGCCCAUUCUAUGUCUUGUGGAUCCUGAUCUAAUUAAAACCAUCUUCAUAAAAGAAUUUUACACUCUGUUCACCAAUAGACAGGACUUUGGUCUGAACGGACCAUUGACUGAGUCCAUCCUGGUUGUUCAAGAUGACCAUUGGAAGAGAAUCCGAAGUGUCCUUUCACCAACUUUCACCAGUGGGAGACUGAAAGAGAUGUGUCCAAUCAUCAGUCACUAUGCAGAAAAUCUUGUGAAGAAUGCAAAAAAGAAAGCAGAGCUGAAUGAAUCUGCUGACAUGAAAGAUAUCUUUGGCACAUACAGCCUAGAUGUGAUUACGAGCACUGCAUUCAAUGUGGAUGUCGACUCGAUCAACAAUCCCAAUGACCUAUUUAUCAUCAACAUCAAGAGAUUGAUCAAUUUCAAUGUCUUCAACCCUGCAUUUAUCCUUGCCUUGGCUUUUCCUGCUGUUAUUCCAAUCCUUUCGAAGCUUAAUUUUAGCUUCUUCCCUAGAGACAUGAACACGUUUUUCACAAAUGUUUUGGUGAACUUGAAGGCAAAGAGACAAAAAGGAGUGCACACUGAUCAGGUGGAUUUUCUGCAGCUGAUGGUUGAUUCUCAAGUAGCCAGUGUCAGCUCUGAAAAGCAGAAUGGUGAUGGCAAGUCAACUGAAAAAGCUCUAACUGACUCGGAGAUUCUGGCACGGGCCAGGACUUUUAUCCUUGCUGGAUAUGACCCCAGCAAUACACUAUCUUGUAUUGCAUACAACCUGGCAACACACCCGGAUGUACAGAAGAAACUGCAGCAAGAGAUAGAUGAAGCUUUCCCAAACAAAGCUCCUCCCACAUAUAAUGAAGUGAUGCAGUUGGAAUAUAUGGAAAUGGUGAUAUCUGAAACCCUUCUACUGCUCCCCUCUGCCCCCAGCAUUGAAAGAGUGUGCAAGAAAGAUGUUUGACUCAGUGAGGUAACCAUUCCAAAGGGGACUGCAAUAAUAGUUCCUACCUAUGUCCUGCACCAUGAUCCAAAAUACUGGCCAGAGCCUGAAGAGUUCAGACCUGAAAGGUUUAGUAAGGAGAAUAGAGAGUCUCGGGAUCCAAAUAUCUUUCUGCCAUUUGGAGUGGGCCCUCGGAACUGCAUCGGGAUGCAAUUUGCUCAAAUUAUAAUGAAGAUGGGACUUGCUUCAUUCUUGCAACAUUUGAGACUUGUGCCAUGCAAGGAGACACCGAUCCCUCUAGAAAUGGAUGUGAAAGGACCCAUGCAUCCCAAAAAACCCGUAAUCCUGAAAUUUGUGCCAAGGGUGAAUGCUGAUUCAAAGGAGUAAAGCACUGGUCCACUUGGAACUGUUAAAAUAUUUGGGAGAGUAAAUACCUCAAACCUAAAGCGAAAUAGGUUAUGUCACUGCAAAGGAAAUGAAAGUAUAUGGAUAAACAAAAAGUCUCUAUCAUGAGAGGAAACUAGGAUUAAUUGAUGAGAAUCUACAAUCUUUCUCCAGUUGCUAAGACUGGGUGUUGAGUAUACUAGAAAGAUAUUAUAAGAGCGUAUUCAAUAGGAAAACACAUCAAGGUAAUAUUGUACAAUUAGAAUGUUAAAAAUGUAUUUUUAAACAUUUUUGAUAUCUUAAAGAAUCAUUUUGUUACUGAGGUCUAUUUGAUAGAUAGAUAUGCAUUGUUUCUAAUAUAUUAAGUGUUUUCUAGUGAAAAUGUAUCUGUCAAGGAUUUCUUAAGAUAAUUGUAUCUUUUCACUCAAUUCUGUUAAGCAAGUUAGCAUUUAUAAUUAAAAACAGUGCAAUAUCCAAUUUUGACUACAAAUUUGGGAAAUGAAAUGGACCUGAUCAAUGCAGGGCUUGUAACGCACAAAUUAACCUGCAUCCUGACCCACUGAGACAGGUAGCAUGCAAACUUUAUUCUGCCAUCGUAUCAAUAUACAGUGAGACAUGGAAUAUGUUGCUGUCUGCCCCAGCAGCAUUCGUGGCCAGUAUGAUAGAUGACGAGGUGGUGGCUCUUAAUGCUGCUAUAAAGACACUGUGCUUGGGGACACAAAACCAUUCAUGGACUGGGCCAGGAUAACCUUCAGCCUAUUAGCUUGCUGUCAGCGCUCACACUCUCUCAGCGUAUCUGGAUGCUCACAGCAUCUAUGCCUUGCCUUUUUGAACCUUGCUAUUACUAUCGAUGCAGAGGGAGAGCUGUUCUGAGUGAGUAGGCAGCACAGUGAUCAUUGCCAGAUUAGUGGUAUUGGGAAUGGGUGAGGCUGUGUGUAAAAAUGCUGCAGGCCAACAUUCCUCUAGUCUUCCUGAUUUUGUGCAAUGCCAAAGCAUUGUGGACAAAGGUCUGUGGGUGGGCACUAGCCAUGGAGCUUGUGCUAAGAUGUUGGUGUCUUGUGCCCAACAUUAAGGGACAAAGGAACACUUAUUCUGAUGUUUGUUUUUGGAAUUCUUGACAUCUAGUUUCUAUCUGAUGCAUGGGAGAAUGGAAAACUGAGUAUCAAUGAGGCAUGAUUGAGUAAUAAUGCCAUGCUGUUGCAUAUAAAUUUACAGAAAUUGCUCUCUUGCUGCUCAUGAAUGAGAUUCUCAGCGUCUCACCAUUUCAGAAUUAGGUCACAGAAACUGACCUUUUGUCCUCAACACUGAGAAUUUCAGUUUUGCUGAUUUCACAUUAUUUUCCCAGCACUCACCAAUACCAAGUUGUUCAGGGGCUGCCAAGUGUGACACUUUGAGCAAACUUUUAUUAUUUAAUUUGUAACAUUAUCAUUUCAAAGAAAAACGUUUAAUCAGUGAAGAUAGAAUUCUAGAAUAAAUUCUAGAAGAAAUU